CAAAAUGGCGGGAGGUUCGCGGCGCUAGUCCGGGCUUUCGCAGCGCCGGGACUAGAGAGACAGCGGAGCUGGGUCCAUCCUCGCGGCGCCCCCUCCCCAACGCCCUAGCCCGCCCCCGCCGCCAGCAUGAGCAACAUCUACAUCCAGGAGCCUCCGACCAACGGCAAGGUUUUACUGAAAACAACAGCUGGAGAUAUUGACAUCGAGCUGUGGUCAAAAGAAGCACCAAAAGCAUGCAGAAAUUUCAUCCAGCUUUGUAUGGAAGGUUAUUAUGACAACACAAUAUUUCACAGAGUUGUGCCUGAUUUUAUAGUGCAAGGGGGAGAUCCCACUGGUACUGGAUCAGGUGGAGAGUCAAUCUACGGGCUCCCCUUCAAGGAUGAAUUCCACUCACGAUUGCGUUUUAAUCGAAGAGGACUGGUUGCUAUGGCAAAUGCUGGAGUUCAUGAUAAUGGCAGUCAGUUUUUCUUUACACUGAGCCGUGCAGAUGAACUUAACAACAAGCACACCAUUUUUGGAAAGAUUACUGGGGAUACCAUAUACAAUAUGUUACGACUGACAGAAGUAGAAAUUGACAAAGAAGAAAGACCACUCAAUCCACACAAAAUAAAAAGUAGUGAGGUUUUGUUUAAUCCUUUUGAUGACAUCAUUCCAAGAACAAAUAAAAAGCUGAAAAAGGACAAACCAGGGGAAGAAGUAAAAAAGUCAAAAUCCAAAGGCACAAAAAAUUUUAAUUUGCUUUCAUUUGGAGAGGAAGCUGAAGAGGAAGAAGUGGAAGUCAACAGAGUUAGUCAGAGCAUGAAGGGAAAAAGUAAAAGUAGUCAUGACUUGCUGAAGGAUGAUCCACAUCUAAGCUCAGUUCCUGCUGUUAAACGUGAAAAAGCAGAUGAAGUGAAAGAUUCAGAUGAGGAAGAAGAGGAGGAUCAGGAUGAUGGUGAUAAUGAAGAAGGUGAAAUGGAUAGUUACGAGAAAUAUCAAGUGAAAGAACGUGUAGCUAAGAAGUUGAAAAAAGAUAAAAAUGAAAAUGUUAAGCUACCAUUUAAAGAAGAACCAGAAACUGAAAAGAAAACAACUAGUCGCAGUGAGGAACUACGCAAAGAAGUACGCCAGCUGAAACGUGAACUACUAGAAGCAAAGCAAAAGAGAGAAGAAAAUUCUACAAAAUCAAAAGAAAAGAAAGAUGAAGAGGAAGAAGCUGAUCCAAACAGCAUAGUUACGGAAUAUUUACAGGAGAAGAAAAAGUAUGAAGAUCUGCGGAAGCAGCAGCCAAAGAAAGGGAUAUCUCGUGAAGAGCAGACGCUGGCACUGCUGGACCGAUUCAAAUCAAAGCUGACUCAGGCAAUAGCAGACACUCCUGAAAAUGAAAUGUCUGAACCUGAAGCAGAGGAUGAUGAAGGAUGGAGGAGUAAGUGGAGUCGAUGGGGGAGCCGCGGCAGCCGACUCGCCGCCAUGAGCACGGCCAGGUUGUCACAUGUACUUCAGUUUGAGGACAGAAGCAGAAAAGUGAAAGAUGCAAGCAUGCAAGAUGAAGACACUUUUGAAAUCUAUGAUCCUCGGAAUCCUGUAAAUAAGAGGAGAAGAGAACAAAGCAAAAGGAUAAUGCGGGAGAAAAAAGAAAGGAGAUGAAAUGAAUGUAAAGCUGUCCAGAGCUGGCUUGGAAAGUGUAAUAAAGUAUUGGCCCUUCAAUAGCUGUAGUUCCUAAAAAUAUCACUUUACAAGUGUGAAAAGGAAUCUCUGUUGUCUGAUUUUGAAAUACAGCUAUCUUAUUUGUUUUAUGAAUUGUGCAGUAAAAUAAGCAAAUGCUCUCAGUGCAUAAUCCAAGCUCUCUUUAAACACUUUGAAAUUUUAAUAAAUAUAUAAUAGUGUUGGUCAUUGUUUUAAUCAAUGUAUAGCAAUUAAAUACUGAGAAUAGUGUAAUUAGAAGGUAUGUUUUCAAGACAGUGAAGAAAAGAUAUUUUCCAAAAUGAAAAUGUUAAGGAAUGGAAAAAAAAAUAUUCCCACCAGCUGUACAGGCUUUUUUAAGAUUUAAUUUUUUAAAAUUGUAAGAUUAAAUCCAUUUACAGAUGAUUGAUUUUUUUUGUUUAGUUAAGCAAUUGGGUUCUUCAUUGUAUCACAAAGUUCAGAAGAUAGAUUUAAAAAUUCCAGACUUCCAGCACAAACUGUACAAUGUUCCCAGCUCUCUUGAAACUCAAUCAAAAUUUAAUUUGAGGGUGUGGUUAAAUUUUCUUCAUCUUGAGAAACAUAUCCAAAAAAUUACUUGGAAAGACAUGAUAAUCUACAAGUUUGGAAAUGUUAUUUCACAAGCUUGAGAACAUUUUAGAAUCCAAAUUUAAAUAGCAAUUAAUAUGGGAAGAAACCCAAUAAUUUACAUCACAUUUUCAUAAGAAGCUUAGACUCUGAGAAUGAGAGUAGUUAUUACAAAGUACCCUUUCUUUAAUUUCAUCUUCUCUACUGAUUUGUCAGUAUUGCAAGUUUAUUUAUUUAUCUCAGUACUGAGAUACAGAAAUUGCAAAACUAAUCUCAGACUCUUGUUUUUAAAGACUUUACAGCUAGCAUGUAGUGACCUUAAAGCCACCAGAGGAAGCUUCAAAUUUAAAUAACUGUACAUGACGCAGCUUUCUCUAGCACAUAAUGGAAGUGUGUAUAAAAGAAAAAUAUAUCUGAAAUCCCAGGGAAUAUGGCAUUUUUGGUUGUAUAAAUUUCUAAGCUACACAUACAUAUAGUAAAGCAGUUAGUUGGUAACAACUAAAUAAGGGGACAACAAGGUCAUUAAAAAGUGAGAGUAGUUGAGUGUUUUGCUGCUGUCGUUUUUAGAACAAGUUCAGUAGGGUAUGGUGCCUUAUCAAACCGCCACUACCAAGUUCCUUGAUAGGGUCUGACGUGUGAGGUACAUAAACCUGGCUUGGUGUGUUAAUGUGGUCCAAAUGGCAGAGGUUAGAUUAAUGCAGAAUAUUGCUUAAAUGUGCUAUGUAAUCUCUGAGAUAAGAAGAAAAAAACUUGUAGGUGUGAAACAAGUUCCUGGAGAAGGCUGUCAAUGUCAUCCUCUUGUUCUGAGUGAAUUAUAUUCUAGCAGGGUAUAGCAGAGUUAAGAGAGGUUACAUUCUUAAUGCUGUCAUUCACCCAAAAAAAAACCAAAAGUGAGUCAAAGUUCUUUGUGAUCUGCUUUAGAAUCUGUAAAUAAUUUUCUGGUGGGCUGUCAUUACUACUUACCAGAAGGCAGAGAACAAUUUUCCAUCCACAGUCACAUACUGAGUCACAUCUCUUUAUUUAUUGCUUUCCUAGGAGAGCCAAUAGAAAGUUUUAGAACAAUCAUUGGUAAAAAUGAUUAUCAAAUCUCCUCAUUCCACAGGGGGAAAUGACUAAGCUGACAUCCUCUUGCUAAUGCAGUGUGUCUGAAAAUAAAUAUAAAUAAAAAAUUUACAUUAUUGAAAUAAAUAACUAUGAUUAAUACUUAUCCGAAUUGUUUAUACACAUUUGAUUAAGCUGGAAGAAUUGAUAUUACAGUGCUUUAAAAGAAAUCAGUUUCAGUGGCCUUUUUAGUGUCAUAACUUGUGAACAGUCAAAUCUUUGGAAUUAAGGAGCAAGUUAUAUCUUAAAAUGGAAAAAGAAUGGCCAUGUACACAGGCAUCUGUUUACAAUGAAUAGAGUUCCUGCAGAUUAUAGCUUUAAAUAAAAGUAUUAAAUAGUAAAAAAGAGGUCACCAUCGGCCAACUAUAUGUACUUUCAAAGGGUGAAAUGCACUCCUCGGCAUAAUUGAGUUUUGUAUGGAAGACUACAUGAGUGGAAGAGUACAUGCUAACAUUGUCCCACAGUGAUAAAGCUGCAAUACUACGAUGGCUAUUCCCUCCCAUAGACCUGUAAAUCCUGAGCCUCUUCUUUUGUCCAUCCCACUCCUAAUAACCUCAUCUGGGGUAUCUGUUUUACUCAGAGAUGGCAGCAGUACCUCUUAGGCCUUGUCUUGACUAAGUUAAAAGGUAUGAUAAUAGAAUGUGUUAACUUAUACAUACUAAUAACUAGUUUUAAAAAUCUAAUGCAGUUAAGGCAUUCUGCUAUUAACAUGUGCUAAACUGAUCAAGUUAAAGCUUACUGGGGAGCCUAGAUUUUAAAUUUGAGCAGUUAUAUCAUGCUGAAGUAUACAGUGCCUUGUCUACACUAGACUUAAAACAUGUUAGAACAUGUAAUGACAUUAUCAGUUCACCUUGUUCUAAGGUGAUUUUUUUUUGCUUUAUUCACUUUGAAUUAAAUUCCACUGGUAAUAUUGGAUUGUCUUUCAGACAGUUUACAUAUAUUGAGUUAAUCUUUUUCAACUUUGUCAACAAUUCUAAAGAAUUAAUAAGACUUUGAAUUAUCCCAUAAUCAGUAUGAGUCAAAACAAGGAAGGGAUGUAUACAGUAACUGGUCUCCUACAUCUCUUGAACAGUAUUCAUUUACUAUUUUUUUAAAUAUUGGCUAAGAUCAUGCCAUUAAUAUAUAUUAUAGUCUAUAACAACCUCACCAAAAAUGAUGUUCAUGAUACAGGCCAAAUAAAUAUUUUCAUUGUGGUAGAUUCUUCCACAGUGCGGGAGCCACAACAAAAAUCAUUUAGAGUUUUAUCAUCUUCAGACACUUUACAGUAAUCUGCAUAUAAAAAUGGGGGAAGUAAUUUAACUGCCUAAGGACGUACCCAUCAUUUGUAUUGUGAACAGAAUGGAUAUAGGCUCUAAUUUUGCAGUUGAAUCUGCUCCUGUGAGGAACCCCAUUGUAUUCUACCCAUGUGGAACUAGUGGGAGCAUCAGGGACAUAGUUUGAAGCUUGUAAAGUAACUAUGAUGAUAGUAGAAGAACUAUACAAUAUAGUGAACACUAUUUUUAUGAAAAGUAACAUUUAAUAUAGCUUUAUAAAUCAAUAACAAUUUGCUAUUUACAGUGAAAACUGUCACUACAGUAACUUUUUUUUUUCAAUAUUGUAGUCCAGGGGUCGGCAACUUUCAGUACACAGCCCAUCAGGGUAAUCCACUGGUGGGCCGAGAGACAUUUUGUUUACAUUGACUGUCCGCAGGCAUGGCCUCCUGCAGCUCACAGUGGUGACAGUUCGCCAGUGGGAUCUGCAGGAAGCAGCACGGGCUGCAAGGACAUAGAAACAUAGAAGUCAUACAAACAGUCUGAGCAGUUUGGUCCUGUCAAUAUAAUAAAGCAAAGUCCUGGGCACAUCAA